AUGGCUGCCAGACUCGCGGACGAGAUUGCAAAGGAGCGUGUAAACCACUACAUCAACUUUCUCGACAGCGACCAUGGCGUCAAUGAGUACAAGAAUGAAAUCCGCAACAUGGUUAACGCGGGUACAAAGCGUCUGGUCGUCAGUUUGGACCGUCUUAGAGACCACAACGUCGAGGAGACAACCAAGCUUAUGAACUCUCCUAUGGAGUAUAUUCCAGCAUUCACACAGGCGCUCAUGGAGGUCGCAGAGACGAUUCAGCCUGCAACGGAUGGUGAAAGAGUCAUGUACAUUGGACUCAAGGGAAGCUUUGGAGAUCAUCAUGUCAACCCUCGUACAUUGCGCGCCAAGCAUCUCGGAAAGCUUGUCUGCCUGGAGGGAAUCGUUACGCGCUGCGGAUUGGUUAGACCAAAAGUCAUUCACAGCGUGCACUACUGCCCAAAGACCGAAAACUUUCACGAGAAGAAAUAUAUCGAUGGCACUAUGAUGACAAAUGAACUGGCGACGGGCUCCGCAUACUUGCAGAUGGACGAUGACGGUAAUCCAUUGGAGACCGAGUUUGGAAUGUCGACAUAUCGCGAUCAUCAGGGCAUCUCUAUUCAGGAAAUGCCUGAGCGCGCACCCGCAGGCCAAUUACCUCGCAGUAUCGAUGUGUUGUUGGACGAUGAUCUGGUCGACAAGGUCAAGCCUGGUGAUAGAAUUCAGGUCGUGGGUGUCUACAGGACCUUGGGAAGCAGAGAUGCCAAGUCGACUUCAUCUACUUUCAAGACUGUUAUCCUCGCCAACUACAUCACGACUUUUGCGGGCAAGGCUGGCAAUGGUAUUGCACAGCCUACUAUCACCGAUACUGAUAUUGAGAAUAUCAAGAAAGUUGCAAAGAGAAAGAAAGCUUUUGAGAUUCUGUCCAACUCCCUUGCACCAUCAAUUUUUGGACAUGAAUACAUCAAGAAGGCUGUCUUCCUAAUGUUGCUCGGAGGCAUGGAGAAGAAUCUGAGCAAUGGCACUCAUAUCAGAGGAGAUAUCAACAUUCUCAUGGUGGGCGAUCCAUCAACAGCAAAGUCGCAGAUCCUUCGAUUCGUUCUGAACACUGCCCCUCUCGCCAUCGCUACGACAGGCCGUGGAUCUUCCGGUGUCGGUUUGACUGCGGCUGUGACGACAGACAAGGAGACUGGGGAGCGCAAGCUGGAGGCCGGAGCCAUGGUGUUGGCCGAUAGAGGAAUUGUCUGCAUUGAUGAGUUUGACAAGAUGUCGGAUGUCGACCGAGUUGCGAUUCACGAAGUCAUGGAGCAGCAGACCGUGACGAUUGCCAAGGCUGGAAUCCACACCUCGCUGAACGCCCGUUGCAGCGUCAUUGCUGCCGCCAACCCUAUUUACGGACAGUAUGACGAAGCCAUUCCAGCGCAUCGCAACAUUGCCUUGCCGGACUCGCUAUUAUCGCGUUUCGAUCUGUUGUUUGUGGUCACGGAUAAACCCAAUGACAUUCGUGAUAGACUAAUUUCGGAACACGUCUUGCGCAUGCAUCGCUAUGUUCCCCCCGGUGUUGAAGAAGGUGCGCCCAUUCCCGACAUUGCAAAACAGAACUUGGACGUGGGAGCUGAUGAGGAGGAAGUCAAGGAUACACCAGUGUUUGAAAAGUACAAUGAGCUGAUCCACGGAGGUAUUCAGAGCAGGAGCGCGCAAAAGAACAUUCUCUCGAUGGCAUUCCUUAAGAAGUAUAUCCACUAUGCCAAGUCCAGAAUCAAGCCUGUGCUUACUCAGGGCGCUGCUGACAAGAUUGCAAACGCAUACACCGACAUCCGAAACAAGGCGGUUGAGGACUCUCAAAAGGUUGCACCCGCCACCGCCCGUACUUUAGAGACAUUGAUCCGUAUUGCGACCGCACAUGCAAAGGCCCGUUUGUCCAGCUUUGUACAGGAUCAAGAUGCGGAGGCAGCAAUUGACAUUCUCAAAUUUGCAUUAUUCAAGGAGGCGCCGAAGAAGAAGUCGCGCAGCAAGAGAGUCCGUUAUGACAGACCGCUUGGCGAGUCUGACACUGAUGACAGCGACGAUGACGAUGAACAGGACGCACGACAGUCGACCAACGGCCAGAGGAGAACGUCUACCAGAGCUAGCCAGCCGUCGGUAUCAGCCAAGGGCAAGGCGCCUGUUCGGGAGUCGCUGGAGGAGGGCAUGGAGAUGAUGGACAUUGAUGGUGACCAUGAAGUCGAGGAGGAAUUGACGGCGACACGUAGGGUGUCUCGUCGUUCGCAGGGAUCGUCUGCAGCGACCAACAUUCCGUCGCAAGGCUCAUCGACUGGCUCACGCAUUAACGGAUCACACUAUGUCCCUGGAGGAGAGAUCCACCCUAGCCGACAGGAACUGUUCCAGGCCCGGACGAACAGGCUGAUCAUGAACAGCGAAGAGGACAGUCUUGGAUUUGAGGAUCUGUUGUCGGCUGUAAACAAAGACCUGGAGAUUGAGGAGCUCUUUGGACCGGCAGAGGCAACGGCAAUUUUGAAUAAGAUGAACGACGCCAAUAAGCUGAUGUUCAGCGAGGGAGUGGUCUACAAAAUUUAG